AAGGAAGAAAAAAAAAGAGUUCACAUUAAAUUAUUUAGAAAAGAAUGGCUUGAAAUAAAAGAUUAUAAAUUUUGGCUUCAAGAAAUAUCAAAUGAUAAAACUAAAUGUAAAUGUGUGGCAUGUAAUGUAGUGCUGGUAAGUGGAAAAAGCGAGCUAGCAAAACAUAGCGAAGGAAAAAAACAUUUAUCAAAUAUUAAAAGCCUGAGAGGAUCACAAAAUCUUAAAGUUUUAACUAAAAAUAUAAAGUAUGAAGAUAAAAAUAAAGAUAUAAAGAGUGCAGAAAUUAAACUAUCAGCAUAUUUUGCAAAUCACAAUAUUGCAUUUCAGGCUGUAGAUAUAUUAACUCCUGUUUUGCAGGAUAUUUUUAAAGAUUCAAAGGUUGCCCAGUCACUGACACUCCAUCGAAAAAAAUGUACAAGCAUAAUUAACAAUGUUAUUGCACCUGUAGAA